AUGGCGGUGGGUCCCCUCCCGGCCACGAGGACGCGGCGGGGGGACGCUGCGGGUCCGCAGGACGUCCCCUCAGCCACUGUCCCCGCAGACAACCAGAGCUUCCUGGUCAACACCGACUGCCCCGUCCUGCUGCUGCUCUCCCACCUGAGGACCAAGCUGGGGGUCCCGGCCACCGGUGAGCUCGGGGGGUGGCGGGCGGACCCCGCGGGGGCUCCCCAUGGGGCUGGCAGCUCUGGGAUGCGCGCCCUGGCUUUUCCAGACGUCAUUGACCUGUGCGACAAGCUGGGCACCCCCAAGCUGCUCUUCCAGGUCAAGACCCUACGGGAGAGGGCCAGCGAGUUCCUCCCGGCGCCCGGCACCUACUACGUGUGCAGGGUGGACCUGGGCACCCCCGGCACCGCGCAGGAGCAGGCGUCGCGGACCUUCACGCCCCUGCUGAAGAACCCCAGCGUGGCGCUGACCGAGGCGCUGCGGCAGCAUGGGCAGCACCCGCACAGGAGGCUGCAGCGCUCGCUGAAGGCUGCGGAGGGCAGGAGGACGCCGACCACCGAGGCGCUGCCCGCUGGCACCCAAGGCCAGGGAGCGGUAAGGGGUGGCCUGUGGGACCUGGUGGCGCUGGGACUGCCACCUCCACCAAGGCCACCUCCAGCGGGGACGGGGACACCGCCACCACGUCCGAGGCCCUUCCUCACCUCUCUGGCCCCCAGCAUCUCGUGGGUGCCCGGCGGUGGGAGCUGCCCAGUGCCCAUGCCCGCUGUCCCCCCGCCCGCUGUCCCCACGCCCGCUGUCCCCACGCCGUGCCACCCCUCACCCCUGUCCCGGUGCCCCGUUGCCCCCUGCGGCAAGGCAGCGGCUCGAGGCGCAGCACGAUCCGGCGAGGAGCAGGAGGGGGCUCCCCGCAGGACGUCGCAGCCCCCGGGGGGGCGGCAGCCGCGGCCGAGGCAGCGCUGA